AUGGCCUGGGUGGGAAACCAGACUCUCAUCUCCCACUUCAUCCUCCUGGGCCUCUUCACUUACUCCCCGCUGCACCUCUUCCUCUUCUCUAUCAUCAUGGUCAUGUUUCUGGUGGCCCUGUCUGGAAAUGGGCUCAUGAUUCUCCUCAUCAAUGUCGACUCUCGCCUCCACAGCCCCAUGUACUUCUUCCUCAGCUGGCUUUCGCUCAUGGAUCUCAUGCUCAUCUCUACCAUUGUGCCACGAAUGGCUGUGGACUUCUUUCUGGGAGGUGGCUCCAUCUCCUUCACAGGCUGUGGGCUCCAGAUCCUCUUCUUCCUCACCCUCCUAGGGGAUGAGUGCUUUCUGCUGGCCUUCAUGGCCUAUGACCGCUAUGUGGCCAUCAGUGACCCACUGAGGUACUCAGUGGUCAUGAGCUGCCGAGUGUGCUGGCUCAUGGUGGCUGGAUCCUGGCUCUUUGGAUUGGUGGAUGGGCUGAUUCAGGCAGUUUUCACCCUCCGCUUCCCCUACUGCGGCUCCCAAGAGAUCGACCACUUUUUCUGUGAGGUUCCUGCUGUGCUCAAGCUGGCCUGUGCUGAUACCUCCCUUUAUGAGACCAUGAUCUAUGUCUGCUGCGUCCUCAUGCUGCUCCUGCCCUUCUCUGUCAUCUCAGCCUCCUACUUGAGGAUCCUGGUGGCUGUACUCCACAUGCGCUCUACCCAAGGCCGUCAGAAGGCCUUUGCUACCUGUUCCUCCCAUAUGGUGGUGGUGUCCCUGUUCUAUGGGGCUGCCAUGAUCACCUACGUGAGGCCUCAGGCUUACCACUCCUCCAGGCAGGACAAGGUGGUCUCUGCUUUCUAUACCAUGAUCACUCCCAUGCUCAAUCCUCUCAUAUACAGUCUGAGGAACAAAGAAGUGACUGGGGCUCUGAGGAAACUCCUGGGAAGGUGUCCUUGUGGGAAGAGACAAGGCUAG